AUGGGUUUGAUGGAUAACGUAAAGUCGUUCUGGCAUUCUGUUGUCACUGAUGACCACUAUGCGCUGUACGGGUCUCCAUACUCCAAUUCUACUGCAGGAGGUUCCAUUGGUGACAACUCUUCCUCCGCCAGACUUCACGAGCUUAACAACUCACUGACCCAUUCGCUCAUGAGUCUGAGAAACGGCAGUACCACCAACAUUGCAGGAUAUAGGCCCGGAAUGCGCUCAUCCUCCACGAAUUUGAGCAAUGUUGGUCAGACAGAAUUACAGACUUUUGGCGCCAACGGGCGCCCUCCUUUGCCUUCCAUGGAGUCGUUGUGGCAGCGCAUUGAGACGUUUUGGGAGGAGGAGUACCCAGAGUUAGAGGAGAGUUUGAAUCUGGGAGCUUCCAGUGCAGACUUGAAUGAGUUGGAGAAGGACUUGGCUAUCGGUCCAUUCCCAGUGGAGGUUCGCCAAUACUAUAAGACCCACGAUGGUCAGUUCCGAGGCGGAAAGCCUACGGGUGUUCUUAUGGGCUUGACCCUCUUGGAUAUCGAGAGCAUGAUGGAGGAAUACGCUCUCUGGGCAAAAGUCGCUGAGAAAGUCGAGAGACAGCAGCUUGCCAUGCAACACCAGCAGCAAUUGCUCAACACUGGCGACUCGUCGAGCUCGGCCUCGCAAACUGCACGCGAGAGAAUUCUGAAUAACUACCUCAUGCACCAGAAAUCGGUGCCUGCCGACGCUGUUCAGCCAUAUUAUGUCCACCGUGGAUGGAUUCCAAUCGCUAAAGACUUGUACGGAAAUUUGGUUGGCCUUGAUUUGGCACCUGGCCCUGCUGGUAUUCGAGGCCAGAUUAUUUUAUUCGGUCGUGACUUUGAUACCAAGAUUGUGGUUGCUUCCAGCUUGCAAGAGUUGUUGUUCGAGUAUGUAAAUGACUUGGACCUUGGAAACUUUCAGAUUGACCACACAGAGUCUUAUCAAGAUAAUGGAUUCUUGGAUUCUACAAGAGAUGAUGACUAUUUAAUUGGAGACGAGGACGAGGACAACGGAGACCUUCAGUUCUUCGAUAAGGAAGGCUCCGAGUUUGGCAAGGAGAACCAAGGAAAGCUCACCUACAUUGAAGUGUUGAAGCGCAGAGCAUUGAAGAGAUACGGUAUCUCCAAUGUUGAGGCAUUCCAGACUUCGUUCACUCCUCAGAGAAUUCCAAAGAAAACUGCUUCUCCUAGACCAUCCGGCACCACAAGUCCUGACGCAGCUCAGGGUUCUCCAAGACCUCCAAAGGUGGACGUCGAGAGUACCGCUGAUUUGCUCAAGGAAACUCUUAUUGACGACACCCCAUCAAUCAAUGCAUCGAAGGUCGAGCCCGUGAAGGUGGCUAGCGCUGACCCUAAAGAGGAAGAAGUUGUUGAAUCUGCCCCCGCAACUGAGGAUGCAUCCACCAUGGAUGAUGUGCCAGUGGCUGAAGCUGAAAAGACGGAGGAGAUAGCGAAGGCAGAUGAAUCGAAGGAGGAAUCUGAAGAAGUCGUGGCUGAUGUUCCGGAGGUGAAAGAGCAGGUCAAGGAGACCUCCUAG